UCGUGCUAUGGAGGGAAGUGUACGCUUCUUUCUACACAUAACCGCCUCAUUUGCACUUUCUCAAAGCGACAGACAUGUAGCAGCGUCUGUACUGGGUUUGUAUUUUUAGGCGCAAUUGUGUCUCAAAAACCACCAGGCACCACGUCAUUGAAACGUACGCUACGUAACGGUUCGCGACGUCACACAACCAGCACAGGACAAGUCCCCACUAACUAAACAUAGUACGACGACUCUGCGAGACCAGUAAGUCAGUUGGUAUCCCAACAAGUUUACAUACAGAGGACGUGCUUUGUGACAGAAAGUCCACCGACAUUAUUACUUAGUCAGUAGCUAGCUACCUAACUAUGUCAAAGGAAACAUCACGGACCUGAAGUUAGUUAACUGAGAGAAGUCAGCUACUUUCAGGUGAAGUUAACGUCAUCAUAGCUAUUAGAUAUUUCUCGGCUGUUCUUACGCCACUAAAUUCAUUUUCCGAUUAAAAUGCAAAUACGUCGAAGGUACACAGCGUAAAGACAGUUUACAAACCAUCAGGUCCUAUGUUCAAUGUGGAUGAAAACUACAAUCUCCUCUUUUUUUGCAAUAAUAAAUAAUAUAUUAUAAUAUUUGAAACCGGAUCUUAAAACGCCUUCAUACACCAUGUUUCUAUUUUACAUCUAGACUUGUUUUCACAUAAUAGGAUGUAAUACUGGUUUAACUAGAGAUGGGUUGUGUAUUCUAGAUGGAUGGAGAGGAGCACCGUGACCCAUAUUCUGCCUCCAUGGGUAGACUAGACGUCUAUCAAAAAGUGAUGUACUGUAACAACAGAGAAUCUGCUGAGGAAUCAUAUCUCCUAAAUUUCAUUCAUAUUCCCUCUUAAAUUAUUGAAUCCGAAUACCACUUCAACCUUGGUCAUCCAUCUGAACGGUGAACAUGAAUGUUGGGUGGAGAUUAUGUUGUCCUGGUUCUUGAGCAUUGUUCUUGUGAACAGUUGGAACAGUGAUCUUGUACGUUCGACUUAAAAAUAAGGAAGGAAUUGUAUCCCUUUUACCAUUAAGAAAAAAAAUGCCAUCGAGAAAUCAUCUUGACAAAGUCGGUAGGAAGAAGAAGAAGAAAUGGACCGAGGAGGCCAUGGAACGUGCACUGAUCGAGGUGAAGUCAGGAAGGUGUACAGUGAGACAGGCUGCCAAAGAGUUUGGCGUCCCUAAAUCUUCUCUAGGGGACAGAGUCAGUGGACGGGUGACACCAGGGAGUCGCAGUGGGCCAGCUCAACUUAUAACAUCUGCAGACGAGGAGCUGUUGGUGGAGUUCUCCAUAUACAUGUCCAAGCAUGGUUUCCCACUGACGAAGCAACAGCUGGUUUCCUUUGCCUCGUCCAUUUAUAAGCGGCAGCAUCGGAGAGUAGCAUUUUCUAAACUUGGCCAGACCUGGUGGCUCAAUUUCAGAAAACGGCAAGAAAAGAAUAUCACCAUUCAGCCGGCAGACAAUGCUGUCCGCGGGAGGACAACGUGUGUGAGAAAAGAAGCAGUGGAUCAGUUUUUACAUUUACUGAGCACGGUCGUGGACGCUCGAGGGCUCAGAGACAAGCCUCACCAAAUCUUCAACUGCAAUGAGGCAGGAUUUCAGCUGGGCAGGAAGAGAGUGAUUCUCCCCAAAUCUGCCAGUCUGGGCCACAAGCCAACGCCCGGCUCGAGGGACCACAUCUCUGUCCUGGCUUGCUUUAGCGCAGCUGGAGAGGAAAUUCCCCCAUUUAUUAUCUACUCAAAGGCAUACCCGGGGGGAGUAUGUUACAAGACUCAAGGGCCUCCAAAGGCCCUCUAUGGAUGGUCAGACUCUGGUUAUAUCAACUCGGACCUUUUCAAGAAAUGGUUCCUCAAACACUUCCUCCUGCACGCACCAAAGGAGCGUCCGCUGCUGCUAAUUUUUGACGGUCACAAGUCUCCCAUAAACCUUGAGGUGGUGGAAACGGCUCGUAGCGAGGACGUCGUCCUCCUGUGCCUUCCGCCGCAUUGCUCUCACAUCCUGCAGCCACUCGACGCCGGUCUCUUUGUCCUCCUGAAGCAGCGUUUUGCAGCGCUCAUCGGGGACGCUUGUGCUACUGAUGCUCACUUUGCAGUCAGCAAGAAGGAGUUCUCAGGUGUAUUUAAAGGGACGUAUCAGCUGGCAAAGGAGGAGGAGGGUGUCGGUAUUGUGAAGGAGGGCUAUAGGAAAUGUGGCAUCUACCCGCUGAACCUCUUUGCCAUCAACGAGGGUCAUUUAAUGCCAUCGCACAGCACGCGCCCAGCAACUGGACCCCCCUUGCACAAUGAAGGAGACGUCACAGCUGCUGGACCCUCCUCAUGACUCGUGCACCUUUGAGGAAGGAGAGGGACUGCAUAAUUUAACAAAACGUCAUUAGAAAUACUGACUGGGGGUACACCAUGUGGGUCUGCAAGAUAAAUCUAAAGGAGUCAAAUGUUUGCUGAUGGAAUAAGAGAGACACAGUUAGGUUUGAUUGUAUUUAAGAUCAAUGUUGUUUCUUCACGAGCCAAAAGAUCUACUGCUGUCCAACCAGUUAACGUAAGCGUUGUCAUUUUGUCUCAUCUUUGAUGGGCAACCAGUUAGUCAAACUAACUGAUGUUAAGCAGUGAAGACAUAGAGUAGGUUAUGCUUCUGUUUUAGUGGAGUAUGCAGUGGAUCAGUCUGCGUGGUGAGUGCUGUGAGCUAGCUGGCUGACUUCUGACCGAGGGCGUUUAAUCACUUAAUGUGUAUUCAGAUGAAAUAUUAAAGCAUGAGAACAUUCAUCUCAUCUUAACGCGUUUAAAGAGCAGAUUUAAAUCUGUAGCCACAUUGUCAAAUGUUAUCUUGUUUGAGAUUUAUUUACAGGAAAUAGGCCAUUGUGGAAACUUAAUAAGCCGUUGAGAUCUGGCAAUACUGAUUAUUGUCCACAAUGUCCAGUAUCCAUGCGGAAUAUUUGCAAAAAAAACGUGUUCCUGAGUGGAGGGGAAUCGUGUCUUUGAAAAAGCUAACGCCAUUCAUUUGUGAAUCAUAUUCUUCGAGUAUUCUGAAUGUAGUCGGCCCAUUCAGUAGUUGUAUAAGUAAUAUACUGCCUAAUUGACGAACGAUAAAGGAAAGUUGGGCCCUUUUUUAUUUAGAGGAGGUGUCUCAGGUAAUCUCAGGGAGAAAAUAAAUUAUUUUUAAAUUAUUUAUUGCGUCAAAAAUCUGUCUAUAAGCUUAACAGGUUACUGAAGGGGGGUAUCAGUGUGUGUGUGUGUGUGUCAUCUACGGUUUCAAGUCAGGUGAUGUAGUAUUAAUGCAAUAGGUACAGCUGGCAACAAUACACAGGCAGGGAACCCUAAUGCAUGUAUUAAUAAUUAUGAUAACUGUAAAUGUUGCAGAACAGAUUUUGGGCUGAUUGAUAUGAUUAUGAUUAUUGAAUGCCACGUUACAGUAAAUUUCCCUGACGUUUGUAUGGUCAUAAAAACAAUGAGAUUUGUAUUUAACGUACAUGAUAACAAAACAUUGAUGGCUGUUCAAAUAUUUGUACAGUUCAAAUCGAAAUGUAUGUUUUUUUAAUGUUCAUUAGGCAGCCGAAAGAACCCUUUUGGUAUUGAAGAGUAAACAUGCCGGUGUAGAGCAGUUAGUUCCUGUGUGCCUUGAGGAGAAACAGGAGUAAUAAUUGUAUUCAGAUCAAUGGCUCAUCAACCAACUAAAGCACUGGUCUUUAUGGAUGGAGAGCUGCGCAUGGCUCAGUUAGUGUUUAUGUAUUUAAAUAUUACAGACGUGUGUUAUGCUCUAACAACAGAGUCAGAAGAGAUUUUCAGUUUAAGAUGCUGGAGGACUAAUACAAAACAUUGCAACCCCAAAUAAGCUAGUGUGUUGAUGACAUCAACAAGAUCUCAUAGAUUCACGAGUGAUGGGGAAGCAGUGGUGUUAAUUCACUGAUUUAACCCUCCUGUUACCUUUAUAUUUACUGACAUAUUUUACCCUUGGGGUCAAUUUGACCCCAGCAAUUAAAACCUCCAGAAAAUUAUUCGAAUUAAUAUUGUUUUCCAAGUUUAAGUGUGAGGUACUUUAUGUUUGUUUGUUGACUACCUAAAUAGCCCUUUAAAUAUAUAUAAAAAAGUUGAUAUUUCUUAUAUGUUUGACACAGUGAAAAACAGCCUGGGGUCAAAUUGACCCCAAAGAACACCGACAUUAAACAUUGAAUGGGGUCAAAUUGACCCUAAAGUAACAGGAGGGUUAAAGCACUUGCUGCUGUCGCAAAGGGCGACAUCUUCUGGACAGACCGGGGCAUUGCAUCAGUCGAGAUGGAUUAACAGUCGGGAUCAAAUACAACAGUUUGUGUUACUUUCAAUUCUUCCCUUGUGUUGAACAUAUACGUAGUGUCGACGGCUCUCUGAUAAGAAUCAAACAGGAGAGCACACUGAAAAGCCCAGAGCUAUUUGGAUUGUGCAACGAUUUGAUCUGAUGUUUAUCAGCUGCAUUGCUCUAGUUCUGAGAGCGAAGCGUUGCGCAAUUCAAAUAGCUGGCAGCGUUUGAUACUUUUGUUUGAUUCUCGCCGUAGUUCGAUAGCGUUUUUUGGAUGUGGUACAUACUACCUGGACAUCUCUCUGAUACUCACUCAAAUUUCUUGGCUGUGGACAGGACGUAUGAAUUGAUCCUGACGGGUCGGGUCUCCACCGCUUGGUCUGCCCUGAGAGACAGAAGGAGUUGUACAUUUGCAGCAUCUUUGUAGCAUCAUUUUUCUCUCAGACAGUCGGUGAUUGUGAUAUAGUAACAAUUGCUACCCUAGAGCACAUCAGUAAAAUGCAGGAAAGCAAGAUCGCAUCAGAAUGUAACUUCAUUUCCAAGAAUACCAUGAUUCUUCUUGCUCCUGCUUUGAUUUGGUAAUCCAACAGGCAUCAUUUUUCAGUGGAGUCCGCACCCUGGUGGUUUGAAACACCAUGGGUCUGUCAACCUCUACAACACACACACACACACACACACACAUUGCAAUUGAGAAUCAAUAAUACAUGCAUUACACGGUUAAACCUUUAAAAAGUUGAAAUAUUGGAUUUAGGUGUGACUUACCAUUUGACAUGAUGCUGAUGUUUUUUCAGAUGUUCUGAUGGAAAUAUUUUCAGAUAAAAGGUUGACAUUU